CUGCGGCGAUGUCGACAGAUUGUAACUGUAAUCUAUCCCAGCUAGAUGGAAGCAGGGAGCCCAGAUGUUCACUCCCCUGAGUAAAGGUAGCGAGAGGCGACAAUACAGAGAAUGGGAUGAGAACCCCACUACGCCGGAUAGGAACCGUUCGACGAGGUCCAGAUCUAGCUGGAAAUCUUCAAGACAACCUAUAUCGCCCUUCCGAACUCCUAAUCCCCGGAACGUCACACCUUCCCGGCGAGGUCACGAAGCGAAUAGAUAUUCACAUCAGCAUCAAGGACAUCAGCGUUAUGACAGUACCACCCACCUUCUCGCCAAACCACAACCACGGCCAUAUCACCUCGAAACACUAGAAGAUCUUCCUCGAACUAAACGUUCUUUCCGAUCCCGCUGGUCGUCAACUUUCCUCCAGCCGUCCAAACAGACGGUCAAUACCUGGUUGGACAGUUGGUGGAAACGACACUUUGUGCUCGUAGUCGCCCCUUGUCUGUUCGUCUGGGUCUGGGUAGCGGUCCCUUUUCCGGCGCACGAUGCUACACCGAAUGGUGAUGGGGCAGGAAGUUUUGGCAAUGUCCGUGGAGAUGGUGAUGGCGGCAAGGUGGAUAAAGGUGGAAGUCAGGAAGAUGGUGGAGGUUAUGGAAGGAAGAUCAUCGAGCCGAACUUCGCAUUCUUCCUCUUCUACUAUUACGGAAUCUACCUAGCAACAGCCCUCCUGUUCAUAACAAAGCUCUUCGACCUGUACCGACUCAACUGGUGGCCCCGCUCCCUUGGGGGUUUGAAGAGCUAUACAUUCUUCUGGGCGACGAGCUUGGCUGUGGGGUUCGGAUGUCAUUGGGGGGACGUCUUUGGAAUCGGAAGGAGGAGAAGUGUGGGCGGCGGUCAGGAUGGACAGGGGGACGAGGUCGAUUGGGAGCGGAAGACCUUCUGGAUAGCUCUAGCAUUUCUGACGAUGCUCAUGCCAGCGUUCGUCUGCUUUUCCAAGCUCAAGCGGGAUCGACGUCAUACGUUCCGGCACAGCUUGACAGAGUUGCAGAAAGCGUUCUUGGAGAGGGAAGCAGCGAGGAGGAUCCCAGCGUCUUGGGAGAGGUUCCUGUGGUUUAUGACCGUACUCGGGAUAGCUUCGUUCUCGCUCGUCGUCGGACAAGCGUUUGCGAGUCUGUACCUGAAGACACUACCGCAUACCUCUAUCGACGCUACUGUUUGGGUCUGGAGCUGGAUAGCUACUGUGAAUCUGUUGAAUGGGUUGUCGGUGUGGAUCAUCUCGACGCAUAUUCGAUCAAGAGCGUUGCUGUUCCUAUACAAGUAUUUCUUCCAAGUCGUCCUGUUCACCUUCUACCGAAACCUAUUUGCCCGACUUCGAUCGCCUCAACAAUUCGCUCUCAUCCAGCUUGUCUCUUCGUUAUCAGUGAUCACCCUACAACCGAUCCAGGUGACUAGGAUCUGGUACAAGAUUCUGCAGAUUGUGAUUGGCUACGGGAAAUCGUAUGAGGAACACCUGGAUGCGCAAGCGAUCACUUUUUACGUACGGGGAGUCGCACAAAAUGUGACCAUCCUGGGGUUUCUCGGCUGGCUAUCCAUUCUGCAUUUCGGCACAAAUUCUCGAAUCUACCCAUUCUUCGCGUUCAACUACUCCAAGGAUCCGUAUACUUUCCAAUUGACGUUCUUGGCCACGGUCGCAAUCUGGGCCAUUGAGCUGUUGACAUCUUGGGUAACGAGAAGGCUAAUGAAGCUCAUAUCUAAAGUCGAUGUGACCGAAGCAGGAUUACACGAAUUACGAGAAUUUCCCGAACUCACUGUUGCCUGUGGCUGGACAUCGGUACACAUUUUGAGCAAUAUACUGCUUUUCCUCAUCCGACUGGACUUCAAGUAGUGACGUAUAUGCAUGGUAUAUAGAGCAUCUGAUAGAUACGUUGUAUGACGGACAUCCCCAUUGUAUCUCACUAAACUGUGGACGACGAUUCUUGCACAUCGUCUCGUCCACUAACCCUCGGCCGGCGGAAGCACCUUUUUAUAGGCGGAUGGAAGAAUGCGAUUAGCCUUUACACUAGAGAGCAUUUACUCUUCUGAUCCCGAGACUUACCUCGCUCAUGGCAAACCAAUA